GUUGGGUUGGACUCUCCCUGUGACUCAGUGUGUCCAUGUCUGUCUCUGUCUCUCUCUAGGGAGUGGUGGUGACACCAGACAUCCAGCCAGCUGCUAGCGGAAGUUCCUCCCCUCAGCCCGACAUCUCAUUUUGCCCCAGAGACUCCUUCUCCUCAACUCCAAACUCCACACACCAAGUCAGCGCUGUCAGUGACACAACCAGACAGCAAGCAGAGAGCAACAGGGAGGAGGAGAAGGGGACAGUCACUGUGAUGACCAAACCUGACACUGAGGACGAGGACGCAGUGAAACAGUCUCCCACAGCAGCAGCGGACGGGGUGUUGACUAACAGCCAUGCCUCACGCAGUUACUCGCGCUCUCUGAGCCACAUCAGUGAAAGCAGCGCUGAUGGCAUCGUGUUGACCGACAGGUCGGCCGAAGCAGGAGAGGUGAUGUCUUUGGCGUCAGGGCUUUCCAUCAAUGACAUUGAAAUGGAGAUGUCCGUCAGAACUCCUGAGCCGUCCAGCUCUGCCCCCACAGACACCGAGCUGUCAGCAAGGCUCGGUGUCGUUGACGAAAACACAGCAGCUGACGCUGUCACACAUCAACACCAAAACACAUCCAGCUCUGUCCCAACAUCCUCCUCUCGCAGGACCGAAGGAGCGGACCCUAACACUCCGUCACAAAUGAACUCACAGCCAGAGUGCAGCACGCUCCCCGAGAGCGCUGAUGUGAUGUAUGUAGCCCGGCGGGUGUCGGUGGAGGAGGAGCUGCCGGGCGCAGGAGCAGAAUGUCCCUCCAGACAGGGCGACGGUCCAGUGGACAGUGGGCUGGAGGACGCCCUGGCAGCUUUGGUGUCCUCUUUGGAUGAUUACAGAGGACAGUUCCCUGAGUUACAGCUGCUGGAACAAGAACUAAAGCUGCUGCAGGUUACACUAAAGGGUGGUAGGCACAGCCGUUCACCCAGCGUGGUCAGCCUCACGGUGGAAACAGCUCUGGGCAGCUUUGACUUCCUCAAUGCGUCUGACUGGGAGGAGGACGAAGAGGAGAAGGCGGACAAGAGGAGUAGAAAUGGCAG